AUGGCGGCCGAGGGUCCCCUGAAGGAGCUGUGCGAGGAAGCCUCUUGCUCCGUCUGCCUGGACUUCUUCAGGGACCCGGUGACCAUCGCCGAGUGCGGCCACAACUUCUGCCGCGCCUGCCUGACCCGCAGCUGGGGGGCGUCGGGGGCCGAGGCUUCCUGCUGCCCCCAAUGCAGAGGGCGAGCUCGGAAGAAGAACCUCCGGCCGAACAAGCAGCUGGCCAACUUUGUCCAAAUAGCCAAAAAGUUCACUCUUCAGGAGGGAAAAGGGGCUGCUACAAGAGAGAGGGUUUGCCAGAAACACCAGGAGCCGCUGAAGCUCUUCUGCAAGGACGACGAAGCCCUCAUCUGUGUGGUCUGUGACCGAUCCAAGGAGCACAGAAAUCACGAAACCCUUCCUCUUGAGGAGGCCUCCCAGGAGUACAAGGAUCAGUUCUGCAACCGCCUGGAGAUGCUGAAGAAGGAGAGAGAAAGAAUCGUGGUGUGUAAAGCAGACGUAGUGAAGGAAAGCCAAGACCUGCUCAUGCAAACCACAGGAGAGAAGCAAGAGAUGGUAGCCAAGUUCAGACAACUACACUCAUUUCUGGAGGAACAAGAGAAACUUCUGCUGGCCCAGAUGGAAGAGGUGGAGAAGGAGGUGGCAAGAAACAGGGACCAGCACCUUGCCAAACUCUCUGAGGGGCUCUCCUCUCUGGACAGCCUCAUACGGGAGAUGGAGCAGAAGUGUCAGCAGCCAGCCAGUGAACUCCUGCAGGAUGCCAGAAGCUCCUUGCAGAGGUAUGAAGAAAAGGAGGUGUUUGAAGAUCCAGUGGCUUUUCCUCUUUCACUGAAGUGGCGCAUCUGGGACUUCUUGGAUUUAAAUUCCCUUUUGGAGGGCACCAAGAAGCAAUUGAAAGACACAUUGGAUUCUGGACUUCACCUGCAAAAAGCAAAUGUUACUCUGGAUCCAGACACAGCCCAUCGGGAUCUCCUCCUGUCUGAGGAUCGGAAAAGCAUGAGAGCAGGAGAAAAAGGUCAAUCUCUGCCCUGCAAUCCUGAGAGAUUUGACCAGUUUGGUGCUGUGCUGGGCCGUGAGGGAUUCACAGCAGGCCGCCAUUUCUGGGAAGUCCUUGUGGGAAGUGAAGAUAGCUGGACUAUGGGGGUUGCCAGAAAGUCUGUGAGGAGGAAGGGACGCUUCACCUUUAGUCCUGAAGAAGAGAUAUGGGAGGUGGGGAAGUCGGGGGGCUGCUACAUGGCUUCCACAAAAGGCAAAACCCCUCCCUUGUCCCUGACCGGGGAGCUCAAGAGGAUCCGAGUCUGCCUGAACUACGCUGGGGGCCGAGUGGCCUUUUUCGACGCUGACCGAGGAGCCCUUCUCUAUGAGUUCUCUGGAGCCUCCUUCCGUGGAGAGACCCUCCUGCCCUUCUUUUGGGUGUUUGAAAAAGGCCACCUCAAAGUCUGUUCUUAA